CCUCUGCCUUCUUAUUACAAUUCUACCUUACCGGGCGCACUCCUCGCAAACGAAUCUACUAAGACGAUGCCUUCGCGGAACGACAUAAAGCCAUCCAUUUCUGACCCAGUCAGCGUGACGUCUACCACCGGUUUCGGUUUAGGUUUUACCCCGAGUAAUACCUCAACGGACAACUCUAUUACCGGUUCCUCCAUAAGGGGACAGAAAAUCUCUCAUCCUUUCAACGUGGCUUCUAGUACUGGCUUUGUGUUGACUUCCAAUAAUACAGCUAACCCGCCGCCAGUUGCAUCUCAAGGACUUCCUUUUUCUCGAAGUGCGCAGAGUGACGUUAACAGCGCGAUAAGUGACACCAGCCGCGAGGUCGUCUUCCACCUCUAUAAUCCUACCACGCCUCCUCCUCACCAGACAGACAACAAAUGUGGUCACACCCAGGCCUCAGCCUGGUCCUCCCCCAGCUCUUCUUAUGGAGCCGGUUCCCCUCCUGACCAAUCGGCGUGGUCUCCCGAUUCUUCUGUGCAAGGCGGCAAUUCUAUCCGACUACCUCCGUCGCAGUCCAGCAACACUAUUGAUAGCGUAGUAUUGGGCAGCGCUGUUCCAAGCCUUUCGGGGAGCGUUAGCGGCCUUUCUACAGAAACCUUCCAAACUGCCCCAGAACGCAUGGAAAGAAGCCAACAACUGUAAAAAGUUGUCAUGGCUGUUUUUUAUUGCUGUACUGGUACUGCAUGACGAUCGGCCCUUAUUAUGGGAGCCUUUAUUUAUGCUUUGGUUCACUUACCGUUUAGAUUACUGGCGAAAGGUUUACGAGAUGAAUGUACAUAGUAAUAGUUAUU